CUCCACUCUUCAUCACUACUCAACAGCAAGCUCCACGUAUAACAACAAACAAACUAGACAGGUGAAAGAGAGAGGAGAAAUGGCUUCCAUACUCCGUCUCCUCCCGCUGCUCCUCCUCGCCGGCGCCGCCAACGCGGCCACCUUCACCAUCACCAACAAUUGCCAGUUCACGGUGUGGGCUGCGGCCGUGCCCGGCGGUGGCAAGCAGCUGGGCAAUGGCCAGACGUGGACCAUCGACGUGCCGGCAGGGACCACUGGCGGGCGCGUGUGGGCGCGCACGGGCUGUUCCUUCGACGGCAACGGCAACGGGCGGUGCCAGACGGGCGACUGCGGCGGCGUGCUGCAGUGCACGGGGUACGGGCAGGCGCCCAACACGCUGGCCGAGUUCGGGCUGAACAAGUUCAACAACCUCGACUUCUUCGACAUCUCCCUGGUCGACGGCUUCAACGUGCCCAUGAACUUCCUGCCGGCAGGCGGCGGCGCCGGGUGCCCCAAGGGCGGGCCGCGGUGCGAUGCGGACAUCACAGCGCAGUGCCCCGCGCAGCUGGUGGUCCCCGGCGGGUGCGACAACGCGUGCACAGUGUUCAAGCAGGACCAGUACUGCUGCACGGGGUCGGCGGCGAACAACUGCGGACCGACCAACUACUCGCGGUUCUUCAAGGGGCUGUGCCCGGACGCGUACAGCUACCCUAAGGACGAUCAGACCAGCACCUACACUUGCCCCGGCGGCACAAACUACCAGGUUGUCUUCUGCCCCUGAGCGAUCGAGUGCCCGAGCUGAACUGAACACGACACCACCACGACCCGCGAAGUGAUCGAUUACUAGUAUCUGUUUGUGGCUAAUCUAUUAUAUAUCAUGAAGGAUAUUUUCAAACAUAUAGACCAAAUAAGAAUAAGUUGGGUCGUGUGACAAUAAUUCAUGCGCAGUUCUGAUUUUGGAUGCUAUGACAUAGGUAUGUACAUGCAUGUACGUCGGGCGUCCGAAGAUAUGUGUAUGUAUCCUUUUCAUUGUUCUACAAGGUCGGGAAAAUUGUGUGCUUGAAUAA